UCCUUUACCCUGCUCGGCUCUCGGCUGCGCCCUCCCCCCGCCGGUCUGACGUUAUCGCUGGUCAGUUCCGUGUUUACACACCCAGGAAGGAGGCUAGUGAGCCGGGAAGAGCGGAGAGAAGGGGCCGGAGAGGACGGCCGUACUGUCACAGCGCACCGGGACUAAGACUGUUCUCUGCAGCCUCCAUCCUCCGCCACUAUACAGUGUCCGGGACAUGCAGUGAUCCGGGCUGCAGCCUCCAGUGCACUGCCCCCCUGUACUGCGCCCUGAUCACCCCCAUACACCGCUGACCCCCGCCCGCCCCUAGCGGCAUGUUCUCCCGCAAAAGUCAUGGAGACCUCAAGAAAUCUACACAGAAAGUUCUGGACCCAAAGAAGGACGUCCCCACCCGGCUGAAGCACCUGCGAGCCGUGCUGGACAUUCAGGAGUGGAGUGAAUUGAAGCAAUUCUUUGAAGCGCACUAUUCUCAGAUUUAUUUUAUCUUCUAUGAAAAUUUCAUUACACUGGAAAGUAGCUUAAAGCUAAAAGGGAAUAAAUCUCAAAGGGAGGAGCUGGACUCCAUCCUAUUUCUUUUUGAAAAAAUUCUACAACUACUACCUGAAAGGAUUUUCUACCGAUGGCAGUACCAUAGUAUAGGUUCAGUUUUAAAGAAGCUUUUACACACUGGAAAUUCUAUAAAGAUACGAUGUGAAGGAAUGCGGCUGUUUCUUCUCUGGCUUCAAGCACUGCAGACAAAUUGUGGAGAGGAGCAGGCGCUAAUAUUUGCAUGUCUUGUUCCCGGCUUUCCUGCCGUCAUGUCAUCUCGAGGUCCUUGCACACUGGAUACCCUUAUAAAUCCUACUUAUAAUUUACUUGAUGGGAAAGUUUAUCCUGAGGAAAUAACACCUCUCAUACCAGCCGUGUCUGGGGAAAAAAGCCCUGAUGAUCCCAGCUGCUUUUUCUUACAAAUGUUGCUGAAGUACAUGGUAAUACAGGCUGCAAGCUUAUCCUGGAGAAAUAAAGAGAAUCAAGACACGGGCUUCAAGUUUUUAUUUAACUUAUUUAGAAAGUAUUAUCUGAAUCACUUAUUUCCAUCAUUCACUAAAUUAACAAAUCUUUACAAGCCUGUACUUGAUAUUCCGGAUGUCAGACCAAAGCCAGUGUAUGUCACCAUCAACCGUAACAAUGAAAACCUUUAUAGCACAAAAAUCCCCUACGUGGCAGCUAGAGUGGUGUUCAUCAAGUGGCUUGUCACAUUCUUUCUGGAAAAGAAAUAUGUAGCAUCUUCUCAAAGCACUAAGAAUGGAGGAGAGGUCCUACCCAAACUGAUUCAGACAGUAUCUGUGAUAAAUGUAAGCCAAGAAAAGAAUGCAGAGGUGGAGCCCACUGGAGCUCAAGAACACGAGAAGACCCACUCGAAUAGCAGCACACUGUCUGACCGGAGACUUAGCAACUCCAGCCUGUGCAGUAUAGAGGAGGACCACAAGAAUGUGUACGACAUGGUGCAGAGGAUAUUCCUGUCCACGCGAGGAUACGUCAACUUCAUCAAUGAGGUCUUCAGGCAGGCUUUUCUAUUACCUGCAUGCGAUGUCUCUGCCACAAGGAAGGUUGUGAAGGUUUACAGAAAAUGGAUCUUACAAGAAAAGCCCAUUUUUAUGGAAGAGCCUUCAGCGCCAUCCGUUGACCAAGUGAAUUUACCAGUUUUUGAGUCAUCUGUAACAGAGACUGAUAGCAAACAGGUCCCGGCAGAGCCGAGCGGACACAAGCGCUCAUCCAGUUGGGGCAGGACGUAUUCUUUCACCAGUGCAGUAAGCCGAGGUUGUGUGUGCGAGGAUGAGAAUAUGGAUGUCAAAGCGGGGGACCAGGCUGCACUGCAGGUUUUCUUGACCAACUCGGCAAAUGUGUUCCUUUUAGAGCCAUGUCCAGAAGUUCCUACACUGUUGGAGGAGCAAGUGGAAGCCUGCAAAUCUGUGUUAAGCAUUUAUAGGCGAAUGAUCAUGGACCUGGUGAUGGAUAAAAAGACAUGGGAGCAGAUGCUACAGAUACUACUACGAAUAACAGAAGCAGUUGUUCAGAAACCAAAGGAUCCCUCCAAAAAGGAUGUGUUCUCUCAGGAUCUUGCUGGGGUGUUAUUCCGGACACUAAUCGUAGCGUGGAUCAGAGCCAACUUAAGUGUUUUUAUAUCCCGAGAGCUGUGGGAUGAGCUGCUGAGUGUCCUGUCCUCACUUACUGACUGGGAAGAACUCAUCAGUGAGUGGUCCAAGAUCAUGGACUCUCUCACUGCGGUGCUAGCACGGACUGUGUAUGGCCUGGACAUGAACAGUUUACCCCUGGACAAGCUCAGUGAGCAGAAGGAGAAGAAACAGAGGGGAAAGGGUUGCUAUGCAGAUCCUCAGAAGGGCGCUGUAGUGGGCAGAUCAUUCUCUUUGAGUUGGAGAAAUCAUUCAGACGCUCAUGAGCCAAUGAGAUUCCGCAGUGCUACUACCUCUGGGGCUCCUGGUGUGGAGAAAGCCAGGAACAUUGUGCGGCAAAAAGCCACAGCCAAGCGAAGUCAGUCUAUCAGCAACUGUGUUCAUCUUUAUGAGGCUUUGCCAGCUGCUAAAAGUGUCCCACAUCUCCUUCACACUGUGAGCUCUCUCUUACCUGGUAUCUCUUACGCUUCUUGCUCUCAGAAACUUUCAGAAGUGGAUGAGAUGCAGCAGUCGCAGGACACUUUCUAUGAAUCUACAGGGGUCGGCUGUCAGGAACCCCAGGAGCUUACCCGCUGUAGCAGUACUUCUGAUUUAGCCGAGAAGUCUUGUCCUGACUUAUUGCAAGACCAAAAAAGCGAAAACACUGACUGUUCCCUGGACUCCGUCCCUACGCAAGAAUCCUCUGAUUGCUUUGUGAAAGAUGCUGAGGGCCCAGUGAUAAUGAUUCGGAGGAGUAGCAGUCCGGCAGAAUUGGAGUGGCAUGCGGAUUCUGAGCAUACAAAUGGUAGAAUUUCUGAUCAUGAGAAAGUUGAAAGCGUCAGCAUUGAUGUGAUCAAUGGAUUUAGUCACGAGGCGGAUUACCCAAUGUCAUGGCAGAACUGUGAGGAUGACGCCGAGAUCACUACACCUACUGAUGGGGCUUUUGAUCAUGAUAGAAGACAGUGGCUGCAGCUCACUCCUGCUGAUCAUGCAGCUCCUCUGACAGACAGCAGCGAGUGUCUUGCUGGAGACUGCAGUAUAAUAGCUGGUGGCAAUCUAGCUGGCUGGCAUCCGGACUCUGCCGCUGUAUUGUGGAGAAGGAUCCUGGGAAUACUCGGAGACGUGAACAACAUCCAGUCCACCCAAAUCCAUGCCAAGGUGUUUGGCUACCUCUACGAGCUGUGGUACAAGCUGGCUAAGAUCAGAGACAAUCUGUCUAUCAGUCUGGACAAUCAGUCUUCCCCUCCACCCCCUAUUUUGAUCCCACCCCUCCGAAUGUUUGCCUCGUGGUUGUUUAAGGCAACUACACUGCCGAACGAGUAUAAGGAGGGUAAACUGCAGGCAUACAAGCUGAUAUGUGGCAUGAUGACACGGCGGCAAGAUGUCCUACCAAACUCCGAUGUCUUGAUUCAUUUUUAUCUUGUCCUGCACAAUGGCCUCAAUCAUGAAGAUCAGGAUGUCGUGAAUACAAUCAUAAAGCACUGCUCCUCCAGCUUCUUCUUCCUCGGCUUGCCAGGGUACACAAUGCUGAUAGGAGACUUCAUUGCAGCUGCGGCCAAGGUUCUGAGUACAGACAUGUUGGAGGCACCACGUCUAGAGGCACAGAUAAUUCUGGGUUCCCUUGUUUGCUACCCAAACAUUCAUAAAGAUCUCCCUUUGCUAGAGGCAUCCAGUGGACUGAAUGACAUCAGUGUGAACAACAAGGACAUCAAGACCAUUUUGGUUGAAGUUUUGCUGAAGAAUGCCAGGGAGGAACCAAAUGAAGCUGCAAGGUGCAUUGCAAUCUGCUGUCUUGGGAUAUGGAUCUGUGAAGAGCUGGUAGAGAAUACCAAUCAUCCUCAGGUUAUUGAUGCGAUUAAUGUUAUUGGAGUAACACUAAAGUUUUCCAACAAAACGGUGGCCCAGGUGGCCUGUGAUGUCCUUCAGCUGCUGGUUUCUUAUUGGCGAGAACUUGAGAACUCUGAUUUGCCUUUGUGUAGAAAGAUCACAGAGAUUUUGGUAGCCACCAUUUCAUUCCUUCUGCCAAGUGCAGAGAACUCCUCAGUGGAAACAGAUAAAAAGUUUAUAGUGUCCUUGUUGCUGUGCCUGUUGGAUUGGUGCAUGGCUCUUCCCUUGCAGACAUUACUUGAGCCUAUAUCUACAUCUCCUCUUGAAGACCUAAAUAUACCCAAACCUUCCCUCCUCGACUAUAUUUACAGGGUUCUGCACUGUUGUGUGUGCGGCUCUAACACAUACACCCAACAAAGCCAAUACAUCCUGAGCCUGGCUGACCUCUCCUCCAUGGAAUAUGAUCCAUUUCUACCGCUGGGGACCGUGAAGAAUUGCGAGCCUCCACCUUCUUUUUCCUCCUCUGACUUCAGCAACCUCCUGACUGUGGCAGAAGAAAAGAAAAGGCGGAAUAUGGAACUUAUCCCUCUAACUGCACGUAUGGUGAUGACGCAACUUGUCAACCAUCUUGGACACUGUCCUCUGAGCGGCGGCCCAGCCAUUUUGCAUAGCCUGAUAAGUGAGAACCAUGAUAAUCAGUUUGUGGAGACAGCAGAGCUCUCAAAUGAUGUAUUCCGGAGCCCAAACCUGCAGCUUUUUGUAUUUAACGAUAGUGCUCUUAUUUCUUACCUUCAAAUCCCUCCAGCAAAUUCAUUUGAGAGAGACUCAACCACUGGGGUGCCCGGCGAUGUUCGCAUAAUUGUCCGAGAUAUCUCAGGGAAAUACUCUUGGGAUGGUGGCAUUAUGUAUGGUCCUUUAGAAGGUCCCACAAUGGCCACAAAACAAGGAAAACUGCAAAGUGGACAACAGGAUUGCAGUGAUCCAGGUUUGAUGCAGUCAGGUUUAUUUGAUGGCGAUGAAUUGGAUGCCCUUGAUACGUUACUGGAAAAACUCGGCAGCACAAGUCCAGAGUGCCUGCAACAUCCGGAGCUAAAGCUGAAUGAGCCGGCUUUACCUCCUGUUGGAAUGAACCAGGAACAAGAAAUGGAAAUCAUACAGGCAAUUAUGAGACAAAGUGCCAGUGAGGCCGAGCACAUAGGCAGAUGUAAUUGUGACCCUAGUGUAAAGGUUUCAUCGCAGGAGGAACCCAGCACUGCUGAGCCACAAGCACCUUUUUAUUUCUGCAGACUUUUGUUGAAUGAUCUAGGAAUGAACUCCUGGGAGAAAAGGAAAAAUUUCCACCUGCUAAAGAAAAAUUCUAAGUUAUUACGAGAGCUUAAGAAUUUGGAUUCCAGGCAGUGUCGUGAGACCCACAAGAUUGCUGUGUUUUACAUCGCUGAAGGGCAGGAGGAUAAGUGCUCCAUACUUAGUAACAACGGGGGAAGCAAGGCUUAUGAAGAUUUUGUAGCAGGCCUCGGCUGGGAGGUCGACCUUUCCACUCAUUGUGGGUUUAUGGGUGGUCUACAGAGAAAUGGAAGCACUGGACAGACUGCACCUUAUUAUGCUACCUCUACUGUUGAAGUAAUCUUUCAUGUCUCUACUCGCAUGUUGUCCGAUUCAGAUGAUUCACUCACCAAAAAGCUUCGGCACCUUGGAAAUGAUGAAGUUCACAUUGUUUGGUCUGAACAUACAAGGAACUACCGAAGGGGCAUUAUACCUACAGACUUUGGAGAUGUUUUAAUUAUUAUUUACCCAAUGAAGAAUAGGAUGUAUUUUAUAGAAAUAAUGAAGAAACCAGAGGUGCCAUUUUUUGGUCCUCUUUUUGAUGGCGCUAUUGUAACAGAAAAGCUGUUGCCAACUCUUGUGUGUGCAACCUGUAUCAACGCCAGCAGAGCUGUGAAGUCCCUUAUCCCUCUGUACCAGAGCUUCUACGAGGAAAGGGCUCUGUACCUUGAAGCAAUAAUUCAGAACCACAGAGAAGUGAUGACUUUUGAAGACUUUGCUGCUCAAGUGUUCUCUCCAACACCCAGUUACUCUCUGGUUGGCUUGGGUCUCCCUUCAAGUACCAGUUCUGAUCUGUCAGUGAGCACGGGACCAGAACCACCAGAGCCCACCUCUCCAACACUAACCCGCUCCACCAGAACAAAAGUUUCUGGAAAGCUCCGACGCUCUGCCAGUGCUGUCAGCAAAUCUUCCAAUUGAAGCACUUUUUAUACUGAACUCUAGUGAAGAGCUGUUUUUAAUCUAUAAAAGAAAAAAAAAGAUAAAAAUAUAUAUAAAUAUAUGACUUUGCACCUGUGAAUAUAACUUUUUAAAAAAGGACGAGCUGUGCAAUGUUGUAAUGUGUGUCUAAAGGGGCAGGACCCCCCUGGGCAGGUUGUUCGUAAACCAUCCAUUAGGCACUGAGGUAUGAUGCAACUAUGGUUGUAACACUGAUGAUGGCAAGAGGACUGUCUGACAAAGCGUAAUGAUGCAACAGCACCAAAGGACAAGAGAGCACAUAAGCAACAAGCAGGAAGCACAACAACACUUCUUGCAAGGCAUUUAGGAUGUAAUUGCCGCACAUUGUUACGGCUGUCUGUGUAACACUUUCACUGCUGGGAAGUGGAACAGAGGGCACACUUAACAAUGCUUUGAUGCUGCGUCUUAAGAGGCCACGUGUAUUUAAACUUCUCUUAACCUGGGUUCCUUUCAGAACAGGCUGCAGAGUGGAUCUGUGGGAACGGGGCCUUUAAAUGUCUUUUGUUUUGUUUUUUUACCAAUGGUGUGUAUAGAAGAAGGAAGAAAAUAUAUCAUUUUAAUCAUCUGCAGAGAUCUAGGCCCACAAUUUUACAGCUUAAAGGGGUACUCCGCGGCCCCAGCGUUCGGAACACUUGGAGCGGGCGGCGGGGGUCGUGGCAUCAUUGCCACAACCCUCAAGACGUCACACCACGCACGUUCAAUGCAAGUCUAUGGGAGGGGGCGUGGCGAAUGCCACGCCCCCUCCCAUAGUCUUGCAUUGAAGGGCGUGACCAUGACGUCACGACCCCUGCUGCCCGCACCCAGCAUUCUAAACGAGCGCCGGGUGCUGCAGAGAGAUUGCGGGGGUCCCCAGCUGCAGGACCCCCCACGAUCAGACAUCUUAUCCCCUAUCCUUUGCAUAGGAGAUAAGAUGUCUAGAGAAAAUGCCAGUAUGUAGAAAUUUUAAGGAAAAAAUCCUCCUUUUAUAGGGGUUUUGCAGUAGUUUAAAAAAAAGAAGAAUUAGUACAAGUUGUAACCAGGAUUAGAAAAAAUUUUUUUAACAUCCUGAGAUUUUCUGUCUAUGCAUUUCCUGUCUAUAUGGUCACAUGCUUUGUUCACAUGAUGCUGCAGUUAGUGGCCUCAGCAGUCUCUUACUGCAUGAUCGGCACGUGACUGCUGACACCAUUGAUUGGCUGCGGCAUCAUGUGUACAAUGUAACCUCUUCACAGCACUUCUGGCUGGCAAGAUUGGAGAAAUGGCACAUUUAGGUUUUGAGUAAAGUUAGUGAUUUUUUGUUUUUUCCCACCCCAGUUCCAACCUGUACCAAAUUUUUUUUAAACUACCCAAAAAAAUCUUUAAGGCUCUCACCAAACACAAACAGUUUUGUGGCAGUUUUUCUUGCAGUUUUUUGAGCAAUAAUAAGGAUCGGAUACAAAAAGAAGAAAAAAAAUAUAAAGAACAAACUUAAAGUGUACCUCCAAUGCAUUCUUACAUUUUUUGAAGCACUGCGCCCCCCCGAUGCUUAUUCGGCACCGGAAUGGCUUUCCAAAUGCCAAGUCUCCCCGCCUGCAUUAUGACGUGGAGCUUCCCACUUGGGUCUUACACUGGAAACUGGUUCUAUGGAGCCGGAAUCUUCAUUUCAUAAUUCAUUUUAAUAUACAGCCGGCAGAAGGUGAACUCAGGAAGCUAUUCUGACACUGGAUUUAAAAUUAAAAACUAUUUAGAAAAAUUACUGUGAUGUUUUUUUGUUUUUUUUUAUAAAAGCACUGGAGGUACACUUUAACCUCUCUUUUAUAUCCACUUCUGUAUUCAACUGUAUAAACUGCAAUGAAAACUGACACUGAGACUGCAUGUGUGAUUUUAGAAGAUGCCAUAAGUGGGGGCCCAUCAGUUUCAAAAUCAUUUAAAUCACAACCCCUUUACAGCUAGUCUGAGAUUUACGGUAUAUCACUGAAUUUUUUUUUAUGCAGUUCUUAAAAACUCAUGAAUGACAUAUCCUGAAGAUGCUUUAUAGGUGGACUUCUUUAGACCAUUUCCGAUUAAGUGUAAGAUGACUGCAUUUCUGGGUCAGUAUUAUGGCUGCCAGGUGUGCACGAGGAAAGAAUGGAGGAUGGCACUCACCCA